AUGCCAGAAAUAGUGGCAUCCACUGCUUGCCCAGUAUUUCCAGCAGGUGUUGUUUUUUAACAAAAAAAUAAAUAAAAUAAAUAAAAUGGGCGAAGAAACGAGCAAUUCUACGCAAAGCAAAACUCGGACUAAAACUACAAGACCUAAGGCUGUCCACCAAUGGACGGUAACCGAUGUACUUAAAUGGUAUCGACGGCACUGUGGUGAAUACAUUAAAUACGAGACCCUCUUUGCCAAGCACGAUAUCACAGGACGCGCUCUGCUACGGAUUACGGACACAUCCUUACAGAGGAUGGGUGUGACGGACAAUCGAGAUCGGGAGGCUAUUUGGCGAGAGAUCGUAAAACAGCGACUUAAGACAGAUAUUAUGGAAAUACGUGAUAUGGAACGUCUUAAUAUAUAGUAUUGAAUCCUUGCUAGCAUAAAUUAUACUAUAAGAUCUAGGAUUGAAUUUGUUUGUAGUUAAAAUGUUUAGAUUAAGUUUGUGCAUAAAUGAAUAUGCUAAAGUUA